AUGUGCCUUGACAUCUGUCUAUCAAACGAGUACAUCUUCGCUUCCAAUAUGAAGGGGCAUCAGUGCAUGUGUGCAAUGAACGUCACAGGCGAAUCUCAUAUGCUGGAAGACUGCCUGCCAAAAAAUCAACUCCCACCCAAAUAUUUUUUAGUAUUUCUAGUCAAGAAAGGUAUUUAUACAUUCCACAUGGGCUGUUUGGGUAAGAUGAAGAAGCAGUCCUUUGUUGAUAACUGUACGAAUGCCAUCAUAGAGGAGUGUCUGUACCUCUGGUAUCAAAACAACUACCCACACGCAACAUUGGUUAACUUUUUGGUGAAAAUAUUUCUAGAAAUUUCUCACAUCUGGUCUCGAUUUGACUGGGACGGCUGCCUCUGCACCUGCCAUCCGAACAGCCACCUGAAUGUCCAGUACUCAAUUGCGAAGGACCUCUGCCACAAAGUAUGCUCCGAUUACAAGGACAUCCUAUGGUGUGUUUGCGAUGGCGGAGGCGAAGAAAUAAAUCUUUACAAGUGCCGGGGUAGUGUUAAAUACGGAGAGUAUGAAAUAUGCUUCAAGGAUGAAUGCAUGGAUGGAUGGACCGGUGAUCACUGUACCGAAAGAGCAAUAAUAAUAAUAUCGUUCUUUUGCAUGCUAGAGAUUCGUGUAGAGACGGAGGAGUGCAGAUUGAAAGAAUUAUGUACAAGCCCCACUCCUGAAAAGUGCUUCAUUGAUAAGGGUGGAAUGAGAAUAUGCAACUGCAGUAAAGGCUACGAGUACGGCGACGGUGAUCAGAUAUGUGUAGACAUAAACGAAUGUUCUAGAGCGUCUAAGUUCUGUGAUCAGUCGACAACUUACUGCGAAAACGAGCCUGGCGGUUACAGAUGUGAAUGCCUUCUGGGCUUCCAUAGAGUUGAUAAUAAAAUGAACACUGGCCCGUGUUAUGCACUUCUCCUCAAUAGAAUAAUCUUUCCAUUGGUGUUUUUCGUAUCAGCCAUCUUCCUGGUCAUCUUUGUGGCCAUUGUCACUGGAGUAUAUAAGGUCACGGGUAGUCUCAGUGUAAAACCCUCUUCUAAAUACGGAAAUUAA